CACACACACACACACACACAAAAACACUAUCGUCCCCGCUCGGCCGUUUCGCAAAAGUCCACCAUACGAUCUAUUAUAUUUAUAUAUAUAUAUAUAUUGUUAAAAUACAACACGAGACCGUUGCCGACCCGCACCAGUGCACCACCAGGACAUCGUCAAUCGUCAUCAUAUCGUCAUCAUCAUCAUCAUCAUCGACACCACCGCCGCCGCCGACACAACUGCUGUUGCUCGAGUCGCGCGUCUAGUCCGCGAGAGUUGUUACCAAACGUUACGUUCUUUCGGCAACUCUGGUUUUUUCUUUUUUUUUUGCCCAUCAUUUUUUUCUUUGCAUCACGCCGUCGUGUCACCGACCACUGUGCCGAAAUCGUUUCUCUACAAUAACUAUUUACCUUCAAUCACAUAUUUUUGUACAUUUCGAGUCCGCCGCCGCCGCGUCUUAGCGUGUUUGUGUGUGAGUGGAUAUAUAUAUAUGUGUGUGUGUGUGUGUAACUGUACGCUUUCGGCACCACACGCCGCCACCGCUUAACACGGUAAAUCGCGCGCCAACAUACGGACCGUGCGUCGGUGCCAAAACGACAUCGUCAACAACAACAACAACAACAACAACAACGACAACAAUAACAACAAGGACGACCGCGUCAACACGGACGACAGUUUUUGCUUUUGAGCGCACUGGCGCUGGUGCCAGGCAUGUCGGCCACCGAACGUCGUUGAACGGACCGACAGAGAGCCGUCACCGCUCGCGCAAUUCAAUUUGCGAGCAUCUCCCCCCCGAGAGCAAGCUGAAUAUAAGACGUGUGCUUAGGCACAUUACAAAGUUAACAACAGGCGCAACAGUGGCUACCGCGGCAGCAAGCAAAUGUUUACACCACAACACCAACAGCUGUCGCCUAAUCGGGCGUCAAUCAACAUGCAGUCGCCACAAGCCAGUAACCUAUCGAGAGGUAUAUUUCAGAGAGGCGGGUUUGCGACCAACCCCGGAGCAGAUAGGCGAAAUCAUAUGCCGGGUAUCGCAUCACUCAUGCAAGAAUGGAGUUCAACAUCAUUGGCGAAUAACGCAAUGAAUAACUAUGGUGGGUCAAGUUCUAGUAGCAGUCGAUCUACGUCUGGCUACAACUUGUCUUCCCAGCAUGGUUUUCAUUCGGCAUUCGGCAGCAACCAUGUUGACAAUGGCAAUGCAGCACCUCCUAUACUGGACCCGUCUGAGUUUCCUUCUCUCACCACUGGACGUAUAUCCGGCAGUGGGCAAGGAGAUAAUGUCGGUGUUCUACAUUCCAGCACAAUGCCUGCAGGAAAACCUUAUGGUAAACAUUCACCAUUCAAAUCAUUUGAUCAGCUGUUUAGUAUGGGGAUGGUGAAAGCACCGACGUCUGAAACGAGCGAAUUUACAAUGAGUAGUAAAGACUUCCCAGCAUUGCCUGGUACGCAACCUCUCAGUGUUACAACUACCUCGUCUACGACAACGGAUCCAAACCAACAGUCCUCAACAACAACUUCUGGCUCGACGACCAUUUCAUUAGAUCAAAAUGGAAUGCAAUCGUCUACUGACCAUCUGUCAGAUCAGAGACUGAACAACCUGAAUAGCCAAUCGGACAAUAAUUCUCAAGAAAAUGGAGACUCGGGAACCAAAAAAGGAGUGCAAACAUUGCCUGAUGGUAAAGUGACUAAUAUACCUGGUAGUAUGGUGCGUGAUCAAUUUGGUAUUGUUGGUUUACUGACAUUCAUCAGGGCAGCAGAAUCUGAUCCCAAUUUGGUAUCAUUGGCUCUUGGACAAGAUUUAACUGCGCUAGGGCUAAACUUAAACUCACCUGAAAAUAUUUACCCAACUUUUGCUGGCCCUUGGGCAGACGCCCCAUGCCGGCCGCAAGAUGUUGAAUUCCACGGACCGCCUGAGUACAUUAUUAAUCAUGGAAUCAGGGAUAAGUUAGCGCAAGUCAAGUUAUCCAGGUAUAAAGAAGACCUGUUGUUCUACCUCUUUUACACUAAUUAUGGUGAUGCGAUACAAUUGGCAGCGGCUAAUGAAUUAUAUUCUCGAGAUUGGCGUUAUCACAUGGAAGAGCGCGUAUGGAUUACGCAAGCGCCUGGAUUGAGUUUAAUAGAGAAAACUAGUACAUAUGAACGGGGCACAUAUUAUGUGUUUGAUGCGCUCACGUGGCGUAAAGUGCCCAAGGAAUUUCUGUUGGAGUACAGCAAGUUGGAAGGUCGACCCACUGUACCAAAUGUGCCGCUCACCACCCCUAAUCUACUCUGACACAACGAGCACCGUCGGGGCGUAGACGCACUGCCAACCGCGACCGAACCUGACGUACACCAGCCCACGACGGUCGUUCUCAAUGCAGCCAUCGUCAACUCCUAAAAACCCCUUCUCACUCCCAAUACCCCAAGUAUAUAUAAAAUACCUACAGAACAAUACUUUCUGCCCCUUCCCACAACAAUACACUUCUAUGAAAUAAAAAUUAUACAAGUAUUUAUAAUAACCGAUAGAUUUGCUGUCAUUUUUUCUGGUGAAUACACUCACACCAUAAUAAUUUAACAUUUAUUAUAAAUAAAACAAAGUUAUUUAUAGUCAUUUUAUAAAAGAAACUUACGUACAAUUUUGUAAAGACAAAAUAAGCAAAGAAAAAAAUCAUUCUUCAUUUAUUAAGAUAAUGUUAUUUGUUUUUAAGUUGAUAAAUAAAAUUUUGAAACA